AUGACUCUACCUGGCACUAUUAAGAGUGACAUAUGCAAGUCAGGCACUGGGAACUGGCACUGCAUAAGGUCAUUCCAAGAACUUUUCUCUCAACAUGGAUACCGGGAGAGUAGUAUCGAAGCUGAAAUAUGGGAUAUCAGCAUGAAACCUGGUCCAACCAGGAUAGUCUGGGCAGCCGUGGGAUCUCCAGCUGACCUCUUCUGCAACAUGACCUCACCCAUCCCAGGUGACCCAGCGUUACUAGUCCUCUGGUACAAGAAUGGCAUCCACAAGCCCAUUUACAGGACGCUCAAAACUUAUAUGCUUCCUGGUGCUUUGGCAGCCGAGUCUCUCCCGAAGGCGGAGGCUGAGCCGUUUAAAAGUCUUGAAGAGGAUGUCUACGACGCGAGGAACCGCCCGGCAAGCCACUGGCAGAAUCCGUCACACUUCCAGGACCGCGCAGUCUUCAACGUCGAAACAGACACGCUAAUGCUCAAGCAAUCAAAGGCAGAAGACCAAGGGACCUACAGGUGUCGCGUUGACUUCCGCACCAACCCGACCCUCACCUUCACCACCAAUCUCACUGUUAUAGUCCCGCCAAGGAGGCUCACGGUCUACACGGACAUGAACGUGGAGGCGAGGAGGUCCGUCGGCCCCUACCUGGAGGGGGAGACCUUGAGACUCACCUGCAAGGCCUACGGGGGAUCGCCGCCCCCGAGAGUCACCUGGUGGGAGGGGGCGUUGCUUUUGGACAUGACCCCUGAAGUCGAGACCUUAGACGAAGUAGCGAACACGUUGGUUGUCCCUUCACUCUCCCGACGGGACCUGAACCGAGCCCUCACCUGCCACGCCCAGAACUCCAACCUGACGGAGCCACUGACCACCACGCUCACCCUCGACAUGAACUUCCCCCCUCUGUGGGUCCGCUUCGAGAGGACCUUCGAGGCUCUGAGUGCCAACGUCGCCUACUCGAUCGUGUGUGAGAGUGCCGGCUCUCGACCCCCUCCUCUGGUUACAUGGCGUCUUCAUGAUACUAUACUUACUACACACACCGAGACGACGAGCCACGAGGGAAACCUGACAACCAGCGAGCUAAAAUGGACACCCACAGUGGGAGAUGUGGGGAAGGUGCUGUCGUGUCAGGCCGAGAGUGAGAAAAUCGCUUACCCUCCCUUGAUUGUGGAGUGGCACCUCGAUAUCUAUUGUGAAUACGCCAUAACGAUCCUGAAGCCCGGGAAAUCACUCAAUCUAAGCAACAUCGAAGAGGGAGAUGACGUCUAUUUCGAGUGCUCCAUCCAAGCCAAUCCUUGGGUUUACAAGAUCAUUUGGUUGCAUGAGCUCCGAGAACUACACCACAACGUGUCAGCGGGCGUGAUCAUCAGCAACCAGAGCCUCGUCCUGCAGAGGGUGACACGGGCGGCCACCGGCAACUACUUCUGCGUGGCCUCCAACGUCGAGGGUGACGGGAAGUCCAACCCCAUCCUCCUGCGGGUCAAGUAUUCCCCCGUCUGCCGCAAUGAACAGAUGACCUACCACGGCGCCGCCAGGUAUGAACAGGUGAACAUUCCCUGCGAGUUGGAUGCCUUUCCUGAACCUCACUCCUUUCGAUGGACGUUCAAUAACAGCGGGGAGAGUGUUGAGAUCCCGCAGACAAAGAUACACAGAUUGGGGUCACGGUCGACGGUGAGCUACACCCCCAACACAGAGCUGGACUACGGGACGCUGCUCUGUUGGGGGACCAAUUCUGUGGGUCUGCAGCGCCACCCGUGUGUCUUCCACGUCUUUCCUGCGGGCCGACCCGACCCCGUUCACAACUGCUCGGGCUUCAACCUCUCCGAAACCGUAGUGAACGUGCGUUGUGUUGCUGGCUUCGACGGCGGCCUCCCACAGACGUUCGUUCUCGAGCUGUACGAACCCCACACCAACGUUCUCGUGGCCAACGCAACGAGUAUGGUGCCGAGGUUCGUGGUGGGCGGCCUGCAACACGGGAUGACCUUUACAGCCGUCGUGUACUCGAGCAACGGCAAAGGGCGUGGCGAAAUGGUGUCCUUCAAGGUGUACACUCUCAAGGACGUUGCAGAGAAGCGCACAGCCGCCGUCAAGCCCCCGCCCACGAGGGGAAGCAACUCGGAGCAGCUGCAGGCGGGCGGCAUCAUCGCCGUGGUGCUGGGCGCGCUGGGCGGCCUGCUGGUGGUGGCCAUCCUCAUCUGCGCCGUCGUGCGGGUGCGGCACUUGCGGCGCGAGGAGAGGCGGAGGCGCGGGUGCGGGCGCGCGGGCGUGAGGGACACGGUGGUGAGCGGCCAGGACGACGGCGGGGGGGCGUGCCAGGCCAAGACGACGGCGACGGGGGCGGUCAAGGAGUUCCCCCCGCCCCCCGCCUCGCCCAGGGACGCCGACGAGAAGAACCCGGAUGUCAUCCCGCUCUCAGAUUCGGAUUCGUGGAACAUGGAGGUUGUCAAUACUAUUAGCACAGCCUCGUUACCUUCCACUUACGUAACACUACCCAGGUCUUCACGGGGUUGUAGCCAUGACAACUACCAGGAGCACUUAACUGAGGGACCCUUCUUUUGA